AUACAAAUCUGACACAGUUAUAUGAAUCAUUCUGAAUUUCGUGUUCUACCGUUUUGCUACUAAAACUAAAUGAAAGCCCCAAUCUUUAUAGGCUAAUUCAACAAUUGUAGUGUCGACUGAAGAGCCGCUAAAUAAAUUUUAGAUAAACCAUAAAAGAUAUAAACAUUUUCUGCCUAGAAGUAUGCACUAAAUUAUGUGACACUUUGAGCCUGGCUUUACGCGACGGGAAUAACGUCGAUGCAUUUCAGUAAAAGCUUUACGUAGUUUUAGCUGAGCUUUAAUGCACAUGCAUUUUUAAUUAGCUAGCUGCAUUUCUGCCAGAACAGAGUUUUGGACACAAAUACCAGAUAGCUCAUGGAUGCGCCAGGGAAGAUCUGGAAAGCUUUAGUCUGAUUAGGAAAUUUUAUGCUGUAGCAGAGAAAAGUGCUAAGCGAUUCCAUCUGUUUCCGUGCUAAAUUCUAUUCCUUUUGAGAUCCGGUAGAGUGCAAAUCGUUGCAGUUGCCGAUAAGAUAUAUAAUAAUCACAUAGUGCCAGUGUCCACGCGGAUUGUGAAAAUCUGGUGGCGGAAAAAUUUAUUCGGCGAAAGCUUAACCAAACUCAAGCCACGGAAAGAGUGUCCACGGAGGCAACCAGGGCGGCGGACUGACAGCCAGUGCCAUAGGGCGGUCUGGAAAACCCUUAUAUUUCAUCGGGGCUCAACCAGCGAACCCGCGCAUGCGCUAUAGCCUACAGUGGCCAGCUUUGGCGUUUUAUGGAACAGUUAAUGGAAAUUGGCAGUGCCGAAAGUGACCCAAUAAUUUUGACCCCAGCACCCAUGUGGGUUUUGUAGUCCGUGUCCGAGAUCUGGGUGAGCAAGACCACCGAGCAUCCGAUGUCCGACUAUAAAUUUUCUUGUGCAUUAAAUCAACACCAUUAAAUGGGUUUUGACCCAGUUCUGCCGAAUUAAAAUUUCUUGCAAUUUUCGCCACAAAUUGGUCAUAACCUGUAUAGAGUUACCUAACUUUUACGACACUCAUAUGAAAUGUUUUUGUGAAUUUGAUUCUGGUAAUGGAAGCCAUGAAUAGUUGAUGAAAACCCUCUGUAAAAUUAGAAUACAUUUAUUUUUAUAAUUUAAGUAAAGUUAUUUAAAAUCUAAGAAAAUUUCUCUUGUUGCGAAGUGAAAUGAAUUGUGUAGAAGAAUGCCUUUUUAACUCUUUUGUUUAAACUAAUGCCUUAAAACCCCAAAGUGGCCUGCCAAAGCCAUACAAUUUUCAGCACACCUUCGAGGGAGAUCGAUCUUUCGCCGAUGGAUAAGAAGCGUGAGUUUAUAUAACUUUGUUUUUAAGUGCUAACCCAAACUUAAGAGAAAUUUAUUAAAUGGCAAUGAUAUGAAAGAAGUUAAGAAACGAAUUUAAUGCCGCAACAACCGAAAUUUGGCUAUCGCUGUAAUACAUUAAAUAUUUUUUUUUAAAUUUGUCGUGAAUUAAAAUGAAGUUAAAGAAGAAGAAUUUAAUUAAAAGAAAUUUCACAAUGGAGUUAAACGAGAAGUUGUCUACCAAUGAAUCAAAUUAGAUAUUCGAAACUAUACCAUUAACAUUUAUAUCUAAAUCCCCACAUUUUUACUACAUAUUAUUAAAUCAUGCGAUACAUAAAUAUUCUUAUAACUAUCUAAGCUUAUAAUCAAACUACCUAUAACGAUGUUAGUCUUAAUUACUUUAUGUUUAUUAAAUUUAAUGUUUAACCAAAUCAUGAGCAACUAAACCUUCUCUUUACCGACUCUACUGAGGACUCCACGGUCGUAAGGUUGCAAGGGAUCAUCGGAGCCAUGCUCCUGCGGAAGAUGAUCAUAGGUUGGGUGGGCCUCAAGCGAGCACAACAACAUCCGUGUCCUCGCAAAUGAUAGUUUUCUCUUUAUUUUAUUUAUUUAUUUUUCUUCCGGUUUAGUUCUAGCUCCUAUUUUUUUUGUCGCAAGCACGCUCAAUUCUUGUCUUUAUUAAUAGUGUUUUGUAGUCCGUGUCCGAGAUCUGGGUGAGCAAGACCACCAGAGCUAGAGCCGGAAUCUAAAGCGUGCCCCGCAGCUCAGAUCCUCGAAAGCCUGCCUAACGCAAGGAGUUAUAAUUCCUUCUUGUAUUAAGAACAGUGGCGCACUAUGUUACACGCUACACAAUCUCCUCUUUUUGAAAUCUAUAGUCAUCAAGUCGACAAGGAACGAUAACUAUAUCUUUGUAUCAUUAUUGUCAUAUACCAAAACUGUUAAAGUGCAGUCUAAGAUAAAGUUAGAUAGCCACUUCUUGUUUUGUGGUGUGUACCACCUAUGGUCGUUCCUUCCCUGCUUUUCCAACGACCCCUUUAUCCAUUUUACCGGAACUGCAUCAACUAAAAGAAAUCUAUUCAGAAUGCUAAUGCAUUCUCUUAAAACUAAAAUUAAAUGAAUAUUAAUUUUGGCUGGAUAAAAAAAAACACAUACAUACAAUCAAUGAAACAAUUAACUUACUUUUUUGAAGUUCGUAGAUUUUUCACGGUGUUCCUAUUGCAUAUGCAAAUCCAAAUCUAAAGCUUGAAAACAAUCUGAAUGAAUACGAAUCAUAAACAAUCGCCACAGCUGAUCCAAUUCGGAUGCGCUAUCAGGCGCGAUAAAAGCUGCAGCUAAUGCUGCUUUUCUGCUUCGGUCUGAACGAAAACACACUGAAAAAUGUUUUGAUAUUUUUUCAUUUUUUAUAAGUUUUAUAAAUUUCUUACCACAGCAGCUAAUUUGUGUCAGUGAGCGCACGGACUGGAGUCACCAGAAGGAGGAGCCACGAUCGUGGUAAGUCCAAUGGAGAGCGAUAGUAGCGCAUGUGCCAUGAGCGCCAGCAGUGCGUCGCGGUAGUCGGGAGUCCGAUGCACCGAGGCAGGCGUAGAAGCCAUCAGGCUUCGAAGAGCUCGGCAUCUACGCAGGCUAAGCUCGUUGCUGUGGCCUCGCGUGGUGUUGCCACCGCCACAGCUGCCGAGCAAGCAGUUAUGAUGGCAGAGCUCACCACGCAGCGCAUGGUGAGAAGCAGCUUUCGCAGCCUAGGAUGAGUAAACACGGAUGAGCUCUCGUUUGCUAUUAGCCGCUACGAUGAGCUGGUGAUGGCGUUGAUGCUCCGGUGUGGAGAAUUGGAGACGCGGUUGGCUAUGCCGCCCCCACCGCCGCCGUCUAUGCGGAUUUUCCCAAACGCCGCAGUCUGCACCCAUUGCUGCCCCGCGGACCACGAAGGUUCGCGAGACGUGGUCAGCAGUGGUGAAGUGCGACGACCCAGCGCUAUCGGGAAAGGCGAUAGCCGAAAAGGUGCGAACAGUGGUUGCACCCUCCCUCGGAGUCAGGGUGCAUGAAGUACGUAAGCUCCGUCGAAGUGGUGGUGCAAUUAUCCGGACUCCUUCAGUCGGAGAGCUGCAGAAGGUUGUGUCGUCGAAGAAAUUCGCCGAAAGUCAUCGUCUAUGACGUCGACACAGCUAUCGGCCCGAGGAGUUCAUGCAGGAGCUCCACGAAAAUAAUUCGACGACGAGAUGACGGCUUCGGAGUUCAAAAGGUCGGUGCACCUGGUCACCAAGGCGUGGUCGGUGACUGACGGCACCACCGUUAACGUGACGCUUGAGGUCAAGGCGAUAGCGAAACUUGAUGUAGGUCGGGUCUACAUCAAGUGGUUUUCAUUCCGGUGCCGAUCACAGGUUCGCACAUAUGCCUGCUGGUGUGUGGGUUUCGACCACAAGGUCAGCGAAGGCAGUGCGGGCAACAAGGCCACACCGCUGCAAAGUGCCAGAACCCGGUGGACUGCCGGAACUGCCGUCACAGAGGGCAACCCUCGGGUCAUUACAUGCUCUCGGAUGUAUGCCCGAUAUACGGCGCGGUGCUAGCGAGGGUGCAAGCUAGACAUUAAUGUUUAGAGUCCGACUCAGGCGAUCGGGCUCAAUGUUCGCACUGGUGCAGGAGCCGUAUCUCAGCGGCGAUGGGAUGGAUGUGCUGCCUGAAGGAAUGAGGAUCUUCACCGACCGGCGAGGGAAGGCAGCCAUCCUAGUGGAUCUUCAGGAUGCCAUUGUGAGGAGUCUUAAAACUCCCCACAAAUCCGGGUGCAGGAGAUCGGCGUAGCAACAGCGAAGACGGCUGGAAUGCGAGAGGAGUCAAGGGCGGUCAUGUCAAACGGGAAACAAUGGAUCUUGGACCCCGGCAAAGCGGAGAGACCGUGAAAUAACGGUAUCGCGCUGGACCUUGGACUCAAACCCGACAAGGGCGUAGAGGUCAUACGGUAACGAUGCGGACACCGCCACCAGCACCACCGACGCCGCCGCCACCCCAGGAUGAGGAGGGGCCCCGGUGCGAGCGGCAGCAGUUCUGGGAAGUGGACCAGGCGCACGUCGUGCAGACGCUGCGCACAAUCGGCCUGGGCGGCCGCCGGUGGCACCAGCAAACGGUGACGUGGACAAAGCCCGCACCGCCGGAGGACACGCCGGAGGCCCGCGUAUGGAAGGAGGUGGGCGCGGUCGGGUGGAGGCCGGUGCAGAAGCAAGCGCGCGACCCGCGAGUUCGCGCACGGAUGGAGGACGGAGGCGCAGAGGAGAGCCCGGAGAAGGAUCCGUGGGUGUGGCCCGCACCACCACCACCGAAACUCGCGCGGCAGGAAUCAUGCCCCGAGGCGAGACAGCCGCCGCAGCGACCCUGCCUCCGCAGGCAGUGGUCGCUAUGUGAGAAGCCGUGGCGAGAGGUCGAGCGCGCGGAGUGGCCACCUAAGGUGGUCGAGGAGGCCGAGGCCCAGGCGGGCAGACGACACAAGAACCGCUGGGCCAAGCUCUUUAUACUGGACGGCCAGCGUUUCCGGUUGAAGGUGCGUCGCGGCGGGGAGGUACGGGUCUAUGUGGCCCAAUAA